AUGUAUCCUGUUUGUUCUGUUUAUUUUAAAGGAGAUAUUAAAACUCCUUUGAAUAUAUCUAUUUACAAACAACUCACUACAAAUUUAAUUUCUUUAACCAGACUUAAAGGUUAUAGAUAUGCAUUGGAUUCUACUUUUAAAUACUUAUGUCAAUUCUUAACUAAUGUUGGUAUUCUUAUUAAAUACACUUAUCCUGAAGGAAUUCUCUCAAUUAACUUUAACUUUAGACUUUAUACUCAACAAAAUAAUUUCAUUUAUGAACUUAAAUCAAAAAAUGAUUUAACUCUAUUUGUUCAUAAUCCUGCUAUCAAUAUAUUUAAUCAGCUCAAAACACAAUUCACUUAUAAUAAUAAUCUUGUUGUUCUACAAAAUCCACUCUUUGAUAAUCUAUUAAUUUAUGGUAAUGAUACUGGGAUAGUAGCUUUAUUAAAAGACUCUUCUCUAUUGAAUUCUGAAAAAGGUCUUCCUAAAGUCAAUCAAAUGGAUACUUUUAAUUUCACUAUUGAUAAUCUAGUUGCUCUAAAUGUUAAUAAUAAUGUUAAUAUUAAUACUAAUAUUAAUCAACCUGAUGUUCAAAUAGAAGAAUUCUCAUUUACAAAUUUUCCACAUACUUUACUAUUAGAUUCUAAUUAA